UGUGCAUGGAAAUUGCUUUCGAUUUAUAAUCGUGCAGCCGUAGUUCAAAUGUUAAUAUAUGACCUUGGACCACAAAACCAGUCUUAAGUUGCACAGGGUCACAUGGUUUGCCGUUAUCUGCUGGCGUGUAUGAUGACGCGCACACGUACACGUACUUACACAACCAUUGACGGUUAGUUUUUGGAAGUACUCCACAGUAUUUGGAAGAAUUUGAUGAUCAGCACUGCUGGCACUGUGGGUAAAUGGAAGGCAAUGGCACGUCCAUCUUUACCUUCGUCAUUGGACUCCACAUUACCUGGGAUAUCUCGAGAAGUGCUGUCUGUGUCCAUGGAACCAAAAUAUCAAUGUCAGCAGUGCAAAGAGAUUCUUAGGAAACCUUUCCAAGCACAGUGUGGACAUCGCUUCUGUGUGUUCUGUUUCAAACAACUCACCAGCUCGGGGCCCAUACCCUGCGAAGCCUGUCGUGCUGAGGGUAUAUUCGAAGAGGCAACAUCUAUACUCAAUAUUGUAGUAGCAUUUCCUGAUAAUGCAGCACGAAGGGAAAUUGAUGGCUUGCCAGCCAAAUGCCCAAAUGAUGGAUGUAGUUGGUCUGGAACAUUGAAAGAGUAUGAGGGUCAGCAUGAAGGCCGUUGCGACUUUGAACGUGUAAAAUGUGAAGCAUGUCAAGCACUCAUCUUGGUCAGUGAGAAAGACCGUCACAAUGAGCGGGAAUGCGAGGCCAGAACCCUGAACUGCAAAUACUGCAAGGUCACAUUUAACUUCAAAGAAAUUAAGGCCCAUGAUGAAAUAUGUCAAAAAUUCCCCAUGCAAUGCAAAGACUGUGGUAAAAAGAAAAUCCCCAGAGAGAAGUUUCAAGAGCACAUCAAGUCUUGUGCAAAGUCUAAGUCGGCGUGCCAGUUCAGUGAGAUUGGCUGCAGGGCAGUGGUUGACAAUGGUAAGCAGCAGGAGCAUGAGCAGACCAGUAUGACGGAGCAUAUGCGUCUCAUGCUAGCCGUGCUGUCCUCUGUGCGCCUGCGGGCCGAGGGGGCUGGAGAGUGGCAGGAAGAUUCCGGACUGGGAUUGUAUCGCGGACCUGAAGACGCAUCUCCAGCGGGGGCUCAUGCUGCUGGCCAUAAUGCAGGAAGAGGAGGUGGUCCUGGUGUACAGCAGAAAGUCACAGCAUUGGAGAACAUAGCGUGUGUGUUGAACAGGGAGGUGGAGCGCUCAGCCCUCACCCUCGAGGCACUAUCCCGUCAACAUCGGCUAGACCAGGAGAAGAUAGAGAACUUGUCAAACAAGGUGCGACAGCUAGAACGGACUUUAACCAUGCGAGAUCUGCAGUUAGCAGAAUCAGAGCAGACAUUGCGGGAGCUGCAGUUUUGUACAUACGAUGGAGUUUUCAUUUGGAAAAUAGCAGACUUCUCUCGUCGCAGACAAGAGGCAGUGGGGGGCCGGGCACCUGCCAUGUUCUCACCUGCGUUCUACUCCAGUAAAUAUGGGUAUAAGAUGUGUCUGCGACUCUACCUGAACGGUGACGGCACAGGCCGGGGCACUCACCUUUCUCUAUUCUUUGUGGUCAUGAGGGGCAAAUAUGAUGCACUGCUGAAGUGGCCCUUUAGCCAGAAGGUGACAUUGAUGUUGUUGGACCAGAACAACAGAGAGCACAUCAUUGAUGCCUUUAGGCCUGACGUGAGCUCCACAUCCUUCCAGAGACCCAUCAGUGAGAUGAACAUAGCCAGUGGUUGUCCUCUUUUCUGCCCUCUAGCCAAGCUGGCAGGCAAAAGCUCAUAUCUGAGAGAUGACACCAUAUUUAUUAAAGCCAUAGUUGACCUCACCGGUUUAUAAAGCUUUGGAAUUAUUCAUAAUAAUAAUAAUAAUAAUAAUAAUAGAUGUUGUUGUUGUUGUUGUUGUUGUUUAUUAUUAUUAUAUCUCAGCUGCGGAAGCCAAAAAAUUUAAAUAUGAUAUAAUAUAAAUAAUAAUAUAAAUGAAAAUAACAUAUUAUAUAUUGAUUUAUUUUGAGAAAUAUAAAUUCAAUUAUAGCAAUAUUAUUAUGUGCAUGUGGAGUGGCUGUGCUCAAACAGACUUCCACUCCAAUAAUUGCACUAUUUUGGUAUAACCGAAUAAAUAUGUAUCUGAAUAUUUAAAACAAAAUAUAAUGUGUACUAAUGUGUUUUAUAUAAAUAUAUAUUUAAAUAUUUUAACUAUACCUACUCUUAGUAAUGUAUGUAAUAUAGAAAUAUGACAAUACAAUAAAAGCCAGGUGCAAGUAUGCCAUAUUAUGUAAAACUACGGAGUGAGUUUUAGCUAGUCAUCUAACUUCAUGUGUGGCCUCUAAGCAAGAUCCACUUCAGUUUGCAUAUAAGAGAAAUAGCGGCACAGACGAUGCGGUUACUAAACAUCUUACAAAUCCUAAAGGAUAUGCUAGGAUUCUAUUCGUAGAUUUCAGUUCAGCUUUUAAUUCAAUGAAGACGCAUCUUCUUUUAAAAAGGCUAGUGGAUCUUAAUAUUAAUCAAGGGCUCGUCCUUUUGGAUUAGAAAUUUUCUUUCUUGUCAUCCACAAAGAGUCUGUGUUAGAGGGGUGAUGUCUGAUGUGCUCACUGUGAGCAAUGGUUGCCCACAAGGUUGUGUUCUCUCCCCUGUGCUGUUGUAAGCACAUCUUGGAACUUGUGUAUAAAUCCAUUGUUGAAAGUGUUUUAACCUUUCAUCUUUCUGUCUGGUAUGAGCAUCUAAAUUGCAGACUCAAGAACAAACUUUCCAGAAUUGCAUCCUCAGCCAAAAAAAUAAUUGGCAGGCCUCAGAAUCACUUAACACAAGUUUAGGUAGAAAGGACAAAGAAGGCGGUGAGAGUUAUUCUUGCAGAUGGCUCUCAUCCUCUUUUCAGGCAGUUUGAGCUCUUGAAGUCAGGUAGACGUUAUAGAGUCCCUCUAGCAAGUAAAAAUGUGUUUAAGAGGUCCUUCAUCCCCAAUGCAAUUAGAAUCAUUAACUCAGAAACUUUUUAAUUUUAUCCUUUUAUUUUCGUUUUGUUUUGGAUAUGAUUUAUUUCGUUUUGUAGUAAUUCAAAGCUUUCUAUAGAUAUAUUCAUGUCUGUAAGGGAAAUAUUCACUGAGUUACGGUUCAUUUUUGACUAGAAGCGCAUCCUUUUAGUUUUCUUUAUUUUAGAAAAGCACGUUUUCUUGAUAUUGUGAGUGCACACACAUAAAAAUAUACCCUUUACAGUUCCGAACGAUGUAUUAUUAUUAUUAUUACCUUUAUGAGCAACAAUUACUGCGUAUUUAAUUUUUCCACUGAUGUCCUGAAGCGCGCUUCAGCUUCAACUCUCGGUGCAAACGAUUGGAUAUGCACCUAAUAGUGCACAUUUAUUUAGGUUAAAUAUUUAAACUAACAUUUUGAUAUGCUUUGAGUAUUUCAUAUCUAUAGAUUUUAUUUUUGGCAAGUCGUAAUUACAGCAUUGUAUGACAUUGUCUCAUAUGAUGCUCAUAAGUUUCUUCAUAUUGCGUUUUUCUCAUGACAGCAAAUCAGUAAAAGAAUAAAAAUUUAACUAAGAAAGAUCUCCAUGAUUAGCCUGUUUUUGCACUUCCUGUUUUUCCCUGCUUGAGAAUUUCUGUCCAAUGAAUGGAUGACCUUGGCACACGUGUGCUUUUGUUUACAAUUUCUGGUUCACUUGCAAAAAGGGCAGUGUGAAAGCGAACCGCACCAAACAAAACAAAAAAAAAUCAACAUUUUAUUUGGUCCGGACCAAAGCAUGUGAACUAGUGGACUUUCCUGGUGUGAAGUCACCAGUCUGCUUUUAUUUUACUAAUUUGACUAUCUUAAUAAUGGAGAACCUGUGAAACCUAUUAGCGAAGCUGUGUGAAUCAUUUAGAUUAUAGAAAUGAAUCAUUGUGUUUAUUCUUUUAAACAAGCUCUUGGAUACAGCAUGUGCGUGAGGCUACAAUAUUUAAAAAUUCACUUAGAAACCUUAGCAGGGCUGAAAAUGCAUCUUGACUAACCAGUGCUUAGAUUCACUGUAUUACUGGCCCAUUUGUAAACAUCAUCUGAUCUUGGGUCCGGCUCUUUUUGUUUGGGUUUGAGCAUUGAAUGGCUACAAAGGAUAAGAGAUGCAGACGUUUGAUCAGCUUCAAACCCUUAUAAAAGGGACCGGUGUUUUUUUCUGUAACAUCAUUAUACACUAGGUUAGCAUGGGAUGUUUUCUGAGUUAAAAGGUGAAUUAGUUGCAGUAUAAAUCCUGCUGCUGGUAAAUAACUCCAAGUACUUGUUGAAACAUGGUUGUUUUAGUGGAAAGGAGAGAAAAAGAGGAAAGCGAGAGAGAGAAAAAAAUAUCAAAAUCUGAUCAAUAUGUAGCUCUUUUUAAAAUUAAAUUCUUUACUAUUUAGCUGUCAUUUAUUGAAUUGUAUUUUAUCUAUCAGUUAUAUAGCAGAUCAGUCAAGUGGGGUUUUUUGUAUUUGUUUACAUAUUAAUAUACACUUUAUUUUAUUAGCAUGAAUUUAUAGUACUAGAGAGCUAUUAUAAUAAAAUGUUUGUUUCUUCUGUCAUCUGA